AUGGUGUUCAAACUUUUCUUCGCCGAGCCUGAGAGAAACGAUAGUUACUGCCUGCCGUCGCACUCUUUUUGGGUUGCCUUCAACUUGGCCGAACGGUGUUGUGUGACAUGCGGCUCCAGAAUUGUAAGACUGUUCCGUGGUGCCAAUCGUCCCCCAGAAUUGCAGGUAGCGAUCUCAACAAACACAACGCACACACAAUGCUUCGACCGCGAUGACAGCACCGUGGACCAGAUGAUUACUCUCAGCAACAAAUGGCGACAAGCGCUGAGAGAGUGCGCAGAUACGUUUGCUAACCGGUAUCGUCGUCGUUGUUCCGUCGGUCUUCGUCAUCCGUUGUUGUGCUGCUACGCCUCCGGUUGGCAGAGGGCGAUGAGCCGACUUUUCGCAGUCUGCCUCAGUCCCCCAACAGCCUGCGCUGCCCUUGGUAACCCGGGCGACGACCGAGCCGGUAUGAUUUUCGAUGACGCCAAUACCAUGAGUGGCAGGGACGACUUCGCCACGGUUUCCGGCCCUCCUCUUUUCGAGCAAGAAUGCCUCCAGAAAGGAAGGCUAGGCAAAUGUUUCUUGCGAAACCGACCGGAAGAAGGCUCAGGGGACGGCCAAGAUUAG